AUGCAGCCGGAACGUUUUCAUACAAGUAGCGGAGUGUCGUUCCUGCCAUGUGGUGCCGAGAUGGCAACAGCGUGGCUGCAGAAACGUCUCGCGGCUCUGGAGUCUUUUCAAGAGGGCGAGGACGUGCUGGAGCCAACCCUGAAGAGCCCAAAGAGAGAGGACCCUUACUGUGGCUACGAGGUUGCAGACACUCUCCGCGAAUUCGUUUCCAAGGGCCUGCUGACAGACAUUGACCUGUCCGGCACUACCCCUGAAGAGGAAAUCGGAGAUGUGGGUGUAGCAAAUUUAACCACCGUAUUGCUGGGCAAGGCCCAGCACAUCCAAGGGCUGUCCCUACGACGGGUCGGGCUGGGUGCUGCAGGCUUCCGCGAGGCGAGAACUGUCGCUGGCAUCUGCGGGGUUCGCUCACAAGCGGCUGGAGACAACACCGCUGGCGUAGAUGGCCUUCGCGGCAAUUUUUGCGAAGCGCUGGACGAUGCCAGGUGCUUGAAGGUGCUGGAGUUGCGAGGUUGUGGACUUCGAGACCAGGGGCUGGAGCCUUUGUGCGAUGUGCUGGAGCGCUUCGACGAGGCCUUGAGGCCUGUAGUGUCCGUCCAGCAGCUCAGCCUCAGCACGAAUCAUCUGACGGCGGCUGCAGCAAGGCGCAUGGCGAGGAUGCUUGCGACCAACUUGAAGCUGGAGGAGUUGGACAUCUCUGACAACGAGCUGAGAGAGGAAGGCGGUGAGCACCUUGCCGGUGGCUUGAAUGCCAACAAGGGGCGUUUGCAGAGACUAAACAUCUCUCACAACCUUCUCAGAGUGGCCGGCGCACGUCCACUCCUGGAGAGGUUCAUGACGACAGAUUCCAGGCUGCGCAUGCAAAUCAGGAGGCUUCCUGGCACGAAGCAUGGCUUUGUCUUGGACGGGAUGGUGGUCACUGGACUGGAGUUCAUGGGUUGGGUUGAGCAGCACAACAACCGGAAUCGAUCCGAAGCGGUCUUCGCUGGUGACAGGAUUGUUGAGGUGAGUGGCAAGACCACGCCAGAGGACAUGCUUCUCGAGCUGACUGUGGGAGAGGUGCUCGACGUGACGCUUCUUCGGGACGGAGUCUGCAUGAAGCAUCUUGACAUCUGUUACAAUCUCCUGGGCAAGAAGGGGACUCAGGAGCUACAUACCCUGGCCGGAAUCACCCGUCAGGGCAACAUGAUUGGGAACCAGCUCCGAUUUGAUGGCGGCACGAGGAUCACAUUACUCAAUGCGUACUGA